AUGGAAAAAAACCCAAGAAAUGAUGGUGAUAGUCGAAUUACUAGUUAUAUUAUUGAAAAACGAUCACCUGGUAGUCGUGAUUGGACUGAAGUCACAGAAUUACCUGCACGAGAUCAUUCAUAUACUAUUCUGAAUUUAAAAGAAGAUGAUGAAGUUUCAUUUCAUGUUCAACCUCUCAAUGUAGUUCAUCCAAGUGAGUUAAGUCGACCAACAGAUGUAGUUAUCAUUGAAGAUCAUAUGGGUACACAUUCUUCUAGUUUCAUUAUCGAUUUACAAAUCGAAGUGUAA